GCGGCCUCAGAGCCACGGGCGCCCGCCCCGCCCCGCCCCGCGCCGCCCGCGCCGGCUCCGCAGCUCGCGCCUGCCCGCCUGCCGGCCCGCCCGGCGCCGGGCCAUGGCGCUGCUGCGGGAUGUGUCCCUGCAGGACCCGCGGGACCGCUUCGAGCUGCUGCAGCGUGUGGGGGCCGGGACCUAUGGCGACGUCUACAAGGCCCGCGACACGGUUACGUCCGAGCUGGCCGCCGUGAAGAUAGUCAAGCUAGACCCAGGAGACGACAUCAGCUCCCUCCAGCAGGAAAUCACCAUUCUGCGUGAGUGCCGCCACCCCAAUGUGGUGGCCUACAUUGGCAGCUACCUCAGGAAUGAUCGCUUGUGGAUCUGCAUGGAGUUCUGUGGAGGGGGCUCCCUGCAGGAGAUUUACCAUGCCACUGGGCCCCUGGAGGAGCGGCAGAUUGCCUACGUCUGCCGAGAGGCACUGAAGGGGCUCCACCACCUGCAUUCUCAGGGGAAGAUCCAUAGAGACAUCAAGGGAGCCAACCUUCUCCUCACUCUCCAGGGAGAUGUCAAGCUGGCUGACUUUGGGGUGUCAGGCGAGCUGACAGCGUCUGUGGCCAAGAGGAGGUCUUUCAUUGGGACUCCCUACUGGAUGGCUCCGGAGGUGGCUGCCGUGGAGCGCAAAGGUGGCUACAACGAGCUGUGUGAUGUCUGGGCCCUGGGCAUCACCGCCAUUGAGCUGGGCGAGCUGCAGCCCCCUCUGUUCCACCUGCACCCCAUGAGGGCCCUGAUGCUCAUGUCGAAGAGCAGCUUCCAGCCGCCCAAACUGAGAGAUAAGGCUCGCUGGACCCAGAAUUUCCACCACUUCCUCAAGCUGGCCCUGACCAAAAAUCCCAAGAAGAGGCCUACAGCAGAGAAGCUCCUGCAGCACCCAUUCACCACCCAGCAGCUCCCUCGGGCCCUCCUCACACAGCUGCUGGACAAAGCCAGUGACCCUCAUCUGGGGACUCCCUCCCCUGAGGACUGUGAGCUAGAGACCUACGACAUGUUUCCAGACACCAUUCACUCCCGGGGGCAGCACGGCCCAGCUGAGAGGACCCCCUCGGAGAUCCAGUUUCACCAGGUGAAAUUUGGCGCCCCACGCAGGAAGGAAACCGACCCACUGAAUGAGCCGUGGGAGGAAGAGUGGACACUAUUGGGAAAGGAAGAGCUGAGUGGGAGCCUGCUGCAGUCGGUCCAGGAAGCCCUGGAGGAAAGGAGCCUGACCAUCCGAUCAGCCUCAGAAUUCCAGGUGCCACAUGGAGAGAGGCUGGAGCUGGGAUCCAGGCCGUUGCAGAGGGUGCGAUUGGAGUGGGAUGCGGUCACAGGACAACCUGCUAACGGCCAGACCGGGUCCUGCCCCUCCUGCCAGGAGCUGGACUCCCCAGAUGAUGCCAUGGGAACCAUCAAGCGGGCCCCGUUCCUGGGGCCACUGCCCCCUGAGCCUCCAGCUGAGGAGCCUCUGUCUAGUCCCCAAGGAACCUUGCCCCCACCUCCUCCAGGCCCCAGCAGCCCCCCACUGCUGCCCACGGCCUGGGCCACCAUGAAGCAGCGGGAGGAUCCUGAGAGGUCAUCCUGCCACGGGCUCCCCCCAACGCCCAAGGUGCACAUGGGUGCCUGCUUCUCCAAGGUCUUCAACGGCUGCCCUCUGCGGAUCCACGCUGCUGUCACCUGGAUUCACCCUGUGACUCGGGACCAGUUCCUGGUGGUGGGGGCCGAGGAAGGCAUCUACACUCUCAACCUGCAUGAACUGCAUGAGGAUACGCUGGAGAAGCUGAUUUCACACCGCUGCUCCUGGCUCUACUGCGUGAACAACGUGCUGCUGUCACUCUCAGGAAAGUCCACGCACAUCUGGGCCCAUGACCUCCCAGGCCUGUUUGAGCAGCGGAGACUACAGCAACAGGCUCCCCUUUCCAUCCCUACCAACCGCCUCACCCAGCGCAUCAUCCCCAGGCGCUUUGCCCUGUCCACCAAGAUUCCUGACACCAAAGGCUGCUUGCAGUGUCGUGUGGGUAAGAAAUGGGACGGGCAGGUGGGGCGGGGCCUAGUGGGGGGCCGCGCAGGCCCAGCCCGGUGCCCACUGCCUGCUCCCCUGCCAGUGCGGAACCCCUACACGGGCGCCACCUUCCUGCUGGCCGCCCUGCCUGCCAGCCUGCUCCUGCUGCAGUGGUAUGAGCCGCUGCAGAAGUUCCUGCUGCUGAAGAACUUCUCCAGCCCCCUGCCCACCCCGGCUGGGAUGCUGGAGCCACUGGUGCUGGAUGGGAAGGAGCUGCCGCAGGUGUGUGUGGGGGCUGAGGGGCCUGAGGGGCCCGGCUGCCGAGUCCUGUUCCAUGUCCUGCCCCUGGAGGCUGGGCUGACACCUGACAUCCUCGUCCCACCUGAGGGGAUCCCAGGCUCGGCCCAGCAGGUGAUCCAGGUGGACAGGGACACGGUCCUAGUCAGCUUUGAACGCUGCGUGAGGAUUGUCAACAUGCAGGGUGAGCCCACGGCCACACUGGCGCCUGAGCUGACCUUUGACUUCCCCAUCGAGACUGUGGUGUGCCUGCAGGACAGUGUGCUGGCCUUCUGGAGCCAUGGGAUGCAAGGCCGCAGCCUGGACACCAACGAGUGCCCCCCACCAUCUUCCCAGGUGACCCAGGAGAUCACAGAUGAAACAAGGAUCUUCCGAGUGCUUGGGGCCCACAGAGACAUCAUCCUGGAGAGCAUUCCCACUGACAACCCAGGGGCGCACAGCAACCUCUACAUCCUCACAGGCCACCAGAGCACCUACUGAGAGCAGCGGGCCUGGCCAGGGGCUCCCCACCCCAUGCCUUAGCUGCAGGCCCUUUUGAACAAAGGGGCCCAUCCCAGACCAGAGACGCCCAGGCCCCAGCCCUGCCGGGGCUGAAGGGCAGAAUUAAUCCUGAGAAAUGUUUCAGGCCUGGGGAGGGAGGGGAGCCACCCCUACGCCUCUGCAAUAACUGGACCAGGGGGAGCUGCUGUCACUCCCCCUUCCCUGAGGCAGCCCAGUCCCUAGUGCCCAAGGCAGGGGCCCUGGGCCAUCCAUUCCAUUUUGUUCCACAUUUCCUUUCUACUCUUUCUGCCAAGAGCCUGCCCCUGCAUCUCUCCUGGGGAACAUGGUAUUUAAGAGAGAACUAUAUUGGUAUUAAAGCUGUUUGUUUUACUCCUCUGGUCCCUCCGGGUCGGGGGAGUGAACCCA